AUGUCCUCCCGCCCGCCCGUCGUUUUGUCCAUCAUGUCCAUCGACGUAAACUCGACCCUCGGCGCCAUGCACAUCGGCGUUUCCGCUGCCGGAUUUUUGUUUGGAUUGACGACAGCCCAAGCGGUGUUCUACUACACGCAUUACCAGCGCGAUCAAUGGUACUUCAAGGUGCUCGUCGGCUGGACCGUCUUCCUCGACCUCUUCCAUCAAAUAUGCAUCGAGCAUAAUGGUUACAUGUACGAGAUCGCCAACUGGGACAAUCCUGCUGCUCUACUUGAAGCCUGGUGGAGCCUCAGGGCUGGUGUCUUCACCCUCGGUCUGAUCACAUUCACGGUGCAAAGCUUCUACGUCUGGCGUUUGUGGCAAUUGAGCCAGGGUUAUUAUCUCCCCACCUUUGUCUCUAUACUCACCCUGGCGACGUUCUGCACUACCAUGUACUGGUUCAAGAUUGUCCUUGGUCUCAAAAUGUUGUCCGAUAUCCCCGCCGUCCAGUAUCUCCAGACCACCGUCAACGCUCUCUCCGCAGGCACAGACGUUGUCAUCGCCUUCUGUAUGGUGUGGUAUCUGCGGCAUCGGAGGACUGGGUUUGAGAAGACGGACGGUAUCCUCGGACGUUUGAUGGUUCUUUGCGUGAAUACAGGCGCGCUCACGUCCAUCACCGCCCUGUGGGUCAUCAUCUCCGCGUCGGUAUGGCCGCAGACGCAGAUCUACAUCCUGUUUUACUACUUCCUCGCUCGGUUUUACAGUAACAGUCUCCUGGCAACACUGAACGUCCGCAACGCCAUUAGGCGUGCCGGUGAAUCAAAUCCGUCGUACGAGCUGGGCUAUGUCUCCACAGGCGGUAUGUUCGCAGUUGCUCACCCAACAGCGACACCUGGGGCCUCUACAGGUGUGGUCGUGCAGAUUGACCGCACGGUUGGGCGAGACGACAAGAGACCUGGCAUCGCGGAUGAUCAAGAGUCGAUCAAUACGACCGUCUGA